AUGCCGUCCGCUCGUGCCAUGGAAAUCUCUGGUGCGCCCGACCCUGGUUAUAUCCCCCCGUCGGAUGCCGCCCACGACAACACAUGGUACAACCAAGACUUUGAUGGGUACCGCAUCUCGGAGCAUCCGCUCUUUGAAAAGAGACGGCUCCGGGUCGUGUGCGUGGGCGCCGGCGCCACUGGCCUUCAGCUGGCCUACAAGGCGGAGCGGGCGCUGGAGGAGGUCGACCUUCAGAUUUACGAGAAGAACGCCGAUGUGGGCGGUACCUGGCUCGAGAACCGCUACCCAGGCUGCGCGUGUGAUAUCCCGAGCCACGCGUACCAUUUUACCUGGGCCCGUAAUCCCGAUUGGACUUCCUACUACUCGAGCUCGGAAGAGAUAUGGCGAUAUUUCAAGGACGUUGCUGUCCGGUUCGACUUGGAAAAGUACGUCAAGCUGAACACUUCGGUCCGGAGCGCCACGUGGGAUGAAUAUGAAGGGAAAUGGCAUCUAGAAAUUUCGAGUUCCAACGGAUCUGAUUUCAUCGACUCGUGUGAUAUUCUGAUCUCGGCGUCUGGCAUUCUCAACUCGUGGAAGUAUCCAAAUAUCCCUGGACUGGACGAGUUUGGUGGCAAGCUGAUGCACUCUGCGCAGUGGGACGAGUCUUAUGUCUUUGACGACAAUGUUCGUGUGGCCGUCAUUGGCGGAGGGAGCUCUGGCGUCCAAAUUAUACCGUCUCUUCAGCCCAAGGUACAAAAGUUGGUCGCCUUCCUGCGCUCCCCCGUGUGGGUGACGACUGGAUUCGGUGCCAAGCACGCGGCCCCGGGAGGAACGAAUUUCGAUUACUCUGAGGAGCAGAAGGGUGCUUUUCGGGAGGACCAAUCUCUCCAUCUCAAAUACUGCCGGGACGUGGAAGGAGAGCUCAAUAAGCGCUUCAACCUGAUGCAUCUGCACUCGGAAGACCAACGGAGCUCGAGAAAACUCAUUGCCGAUAUCAUGGCCGACAAGAUCAAUGACGAGGCGCUGACGAAGCGAAUGGUCCCCGACUUUGCUCUUGGGUGCCGCCGAAUGACUCCCGGGUCGGGCUACCUGGAAUCCUUGACCAAGCCAAACGUCGAGGUCGUUCAUGAGAGCGUCGUCAGGCUGACCAGGACGGGAGUCGUGGACGCUGCCGGCGUAGAGCACGAAGUGGAUGUUGUGGUCUGUGCCACUGGUUUUGAUACGUCCUUUGCACCUCAUUUCAAGGUCACUGGAAGGCACAAUGCGGACAUUGCAAGGCAACUCGGUGACUUUCCCCGAGGCUAUCUUGGCAUGGCAGUGGCAAGUACUCCCCAUAUCAGCCUCAUGCUUGGCCCGAAUAGCCCAGUAAGCCAUGGCAGUAUCCUUCCCAUCAUGGAAUGGGCCACUCGUUACAUAUUCCAAAUCAUCACCAAGAUGCAAACAGAGAACAUCAAAGCGGUCGAGCCCAAAUCAAAGGCCGUCAAGGAGUACUAUAACCAUACGCAUGAGCUCAUGAAACGGCUUGGCUGGUCCUCUCCCUGUCGGUCAUGGUUCAAGAAUGGAAAGAUUCACGGGCCCGUGACGGCCAUUUACCCGGGCUCGCGACUCCACUGGUUCGAAAUGCUGAAAAAUGUUCGAUGGGAGGACUAUGAAAUUGAUUACAUAACGGAGAAUAGAUUUCAGUUCAUGGGUAACGGAUUCAGUCAGACGGAAUGCGACCCUGCAGGUGACCCGGUGUGGUACUUUGACGAUCCAUUUACCAAGAUCUAG